GGGCCUGCGUGGGGCGGGGGGAUGGCCGCCUCUGUUGACGGCAGUGUCGCGCUGGCACCUCAUGACGCUGGGAUUCCUCGUGUGUUUUUUUCCGUUUUAAUGGGAGCCUGACAAGAUGAAUCGACCAGACGGGCUCAUCCAGCGCAGGAACGUUCCGAGAGACACACAAGACAAGAACAACAAAAAUGACAGCGACGACGAGAAGCGAAGACACUCCAGUGGAGAGGAGUACCUGGAUGAUGGGGACUGCAAGGAGACGAGGCUCACCCUGAUGGAGGAAGUGCUGUUACUGGGCCUCAAGGAUAAGGAGGGGUACACAAGCUUCUGGAAUGACUGCAUAUCUUCGGGUCUUCGUGGAUGCAUCUUAAUAGAGUUGGCAUUGCGUGGCAGGGUGGAGCUGGAGAAGGCUGGUCUGCGUCGCAAGUCCCUCCUCAACCGCAAGGUUAUAGUACGGUCUGAGCUGCCAACUGGUGACGUACUGCUGGACGAGGCACUGAAGCACAUAAAAGAUACAGACCCUCCACAAACAGUACAGUCCUGGAUUGAAUUCCUAUCUGGGGAGUCUUGGAACCCACUCAAAUUGAGAUACCAGCUCAGAAAUGUGCGGGAGAGGUUGGCCAAGAACAUGGUUGAGAAGGGAGUGCUUACUACAGAGAAGCAGAAUUUCCUGGUGUUUGAUAUGACAACACAUCCCCUCACAGACAAUGUAACCAAGACCAAAUUGGUGAAAAAGGUUCAAGACAGUGUGCUGAGCCGAUGGGUGGGAGAUCCCCAGAGGAUGGACCGGCGGACGCUAGCCCUCAUAUAUCUGGCCCAUGCCUCUGAUGUGUUGGAGAAUGCCUUUGCCCCUCUAUCUGAUGAUGAUUAUGAGGUUGCCAUGAAACGUGUACGAGAACUGCUGGAUCUUGAUCUUGAUGCAGAAGCUGCCAAGCCCAAUGCUAACGACCUGAUGUGGUCAGUCUUUGCAGCAUUUAUCAAAUAGUACCUCUCUUGCCAGGGUUGAGAAGGAAAAGUAUGUUAUCAGUGCCUGUGAUUAUUCCGAUAACCUUGUUUUUUAAAGUAUUACUAUUCUGUAUAUCUAUUCAUUAUUUUUAUCUUAUAAAAUUAAGCAUAUCUUUUCCCCUGGUUGAGUUUUCAUAGCUUUGCAUUGGAUGCAUUGAAAGAGAAUGAAUGUGUAUAAGGUGAAGGUCAUUUAAAGCUCCACUGAAUUUAUAUUAGGUUUGGGUCUUAAUAGAUAGGCAAUAGAUAAAGCCAUCAGAAGGAAAGAAAAGUUAAACAUUAUAGUGUAUACCUAUUAAACCCAGGGCAUUUAUGCAUGCAUAAUUGGUCAUUGAUUUCCUUAUUUUAACAGUUAAUUGUUGUUUAUGAAUAACUCAGUAAAUAGAUUAUUUAACAGAUAUUAGCAACAUUUCUGACCAGCCCUUUAGGAAAAGUGCUUGGCAGCCUCCCCAGUGACUUCAAAUAUCCAGUUAAAUUUUGUAUAUUUGUACUGUUGAAUUUUAUGCUCUUCUGUGGUAUGCAUAUUAGUUGUCAAUAUUAGAAAUAAUAAAAAAAAAACAGUUGUCAAGGCAUUAUUUAUAUAGGCUAGUGUGUAGAUACAGGUGUGAUGCCUAGACUAGGUUCUAUACUUGUUUGUAAGGCAAAUCUGCGUGGCAUGACUUGGGCGUAGGGAGAGUGUAUUUUAUUCCACUUGCACAUAAGACACGUAAAAUCUUUCAUAUUAUUUUAGUCCAUUUCAGUAUUCAUAACUGGAUAUGUGUGUUACUUCUGUGAAGCAUUAGCAUAAACAACUUCCAGUGAUGAAAAAAAGGCUGUCAGUGGUCUGAAGAAGUAUGACAAUUGUAGGAUGGAUAAUGUCAAAAGAAGGAAACAAAACAUUUCUUUUAGUGUGAAUAAAUGAAUUGCUAUCCAAUAUCCUCUUCACCAAAGUCAUGCCGCUGUGGUCUUAGGAGAAUAGUUAGCAGAUGAGGAACUUGUAUCCUAUUUCUUAACACAGAAAAAUAAAAGUGGUGGUGGUGAUGGUACUUGCUGUUAGUGGCACCUCUUGUUGAUUGGUUGUUACUAAAGAUUACACAAUGAAAUGUAGAUCAUAUGAAUGAUACAUGUAUACUUAUUUUUUCGUUUCUGUUAUAAAUUCAGUACUAAGUGAUGUUACUCA